AUGUUGCUUUCCCCCGGCCUUGCGCUCAUAACUGUAUUUUCACAGGUCCUUGCCAUCUUUGGAGACCUGUCCAACAGUUAUACAUCCAACACUCGAAUCGCCGAGAAUGCCACAUUCGACUAUGUUGUUGUCGGAGGGGGCACAGCAGGGCUAACCAUCGCCGCACGACUCGCAGAGCAGAAAUAA